UCGUGCGCGUCCACGGUAUAUUAAACCCAAAUGCGCGUACUUAUUUAUCUAUCAUAAGCCCCACAAAGCCGCUAUUAUUUGUUCAUGCUUUGACUAAAGUACAUCUCCAAUAAUAUUUGGAAGGAUGAAUCGUGUCUCUUUUCAAUCGAAAAUAUUUAGAUGAUUCCCUUUGUGGUGCGGCGAUCAUAAACCAACCCCAUAGUUCUCAAUGAGCAAAUUGAUCGUGCAUUCCAGCACCGAGGGGGUGUUGCCACCAAGUGGCCAUGUUGAAUGAAUUAAGCCGUUCCCUUCCAAUACUCCGUUCAGAUGAAGACAGCUCCUCGUAAAGUCCCUCUUACUACUGCGGCGUCUGACGAUGGCGACCACUGAAAUAGAUAUUUUCGCUAAUGAAGAGAAGCGUAGCCUGGAGCUGGCUGGGCAUGUUGGGUUCGACAGUCUUCCGGACCAGUUGGUCAGCAAGGCGGUCUCGCAAGGAUUCUGCUUCAACAUCCUUUGUGUCGGUGAGACAGGGAUCGGAAAGUCAACGUUAAUCAACACUCUUUUCAACACAACGUUUGAGAGUGACGAAGCCAGCCAUUACCUGCAAGAUGUCCACCUACGGCCAAAAACGUAUGACCUGCAGGAGAGCAAUGUCAACUUAAAACUGACCAUCGUGGACACUGUCGGGUUUGGAGACCAGAUCAACAAAGACGAAAGCUAUAAACCCAUUGUGGACUACAUCGACACCCAGUUUGAAAAUUUCCUCCAGGAGGAGAUGAAAAUCAAGCGUUCCCUGCACAACUACCACGACAGCAGAAUCCACAUCUGCCUGUACUUCAUAGCCCCGACCGGCCACUCUCUCAAGUCCCUGGAUCUGGUGACCAUGAAGAAAUUGGACAGCAAGGUGAACAUCAUCCCUGUCAUUGCAAAGGCUGACACAAUCUCCAAGAGCGAAUUGCACAAAUUCAAGAUUAAGAUCAUGAGUGAACUGGUGAGCAACGGAGUACAGAUCUACCAGUUUCCCACAGAGGAUGAAGCUGUCACGGAGAUCAACUCCACUAUGAAUGCUCAUCUUCCCUUUGCUGUGAUUGGCAGCGUGGAACAGGUGAAAGUGGGCAACAAGAUGGUCAGGGCGAGGCUCUAUCCUUGGGGAUCAGUACAGGUGGAGAACGAGAGCCACUGUGACUUUGUGAAGCUCAGGGAAAUGCUGCUUCGUGUCAACAUUGAGGAUCUAAGAGAACAGACGCACGCGCGCCACUAUGAGCUCUACCGUCGCUGCAAACUGGAGGAAAUGGGAUUCAAGGACACAGAUCCAGACAGCCAGCCCUUCAGCCUGCAGCAGACCUACGAGACCAAGAGGAAGGAGUUCCUGGUGGAGCUUCAGCGCAAGGAGGAGGAGAUGAGACAGAUGUUUGUCAACAAAGUGAAGGAGACGGAGGCGGAACUGAAGGAGAAGGAAAGAGAGCUGCAUGAGAGGUUUGAGCAGUUGAAGCGCAUGCACCACGAUGAGAAGAGGAACCUGGAGGAGAAGAGACGGGAGCUGGAGGAGGAGAUGAACUCUUUCAACAGAAGAAAGGUGGCUGCCGAGACGCUCAUGGGUCAGGCACUACAGAGCUGCUCCCAGCAGCCCUUCAAGAAGGACAAGGACAAGAAGAAUUGAUUUAUGGAGCAGUCAUCAAGGAAAACCAGGAAUGUGUCUUUCAUCAGCAUGGGAAAAGGCUUUGAUAUUUGACCUUACUUUUGACAUUGUAUGUGUAGACACACAAACACUGAGGCAAUAUAUGUAUGUGAGCUAAAUUGGCCAUAAGCCACUGUGAGCUUAUGGAUCAAAAAAGGUAUGAACGAACAGUCGAUUCAAUGUGUCCCUAAUGCUGACUCUGCUAGAUAUGUGAAAACAGAAGCACAGACUACUAUCAUAACACUGCUUGUGUUGUUUUAUGUUUGUGCCGCCAAUGUGCAGUUGUCUGCCUUUGGAGAUGUGACUCACAAUGCAAAGCACCCAACUAAAAUACUCUCCUGUCUUCUAGCUAACAGCAGCUUCAAUUGCACUAGCAUUAGAAAGGGCUAGGGUUAACAGAGUUUGUGUUUUGCUAUCGAUUAUUAUAUUUAUAUGAUAUAACUCACUAUUGUAGUGGAAUUAACUCAGUGUCCUGCAAUAUAAAGACAGGUUGUGAUACAAUAACUUUAAUGCACAAGUUGAGUUCUCUUCAGCUAUAUUAGAGUAAAACAUUUUGUAAUGUACAUAGUUAUUUUAAUACACUACAUGUAUUUUCUGACCUGAUAGUGUGGAGUGAGUUUUUUUUUUUUAAAGAUGUUGUCCUUCAGAAGGCAUGCAAAGAUGUGAGCUCUGUCACUGAUUUAAUAAUUUACUUUAACAAUAGGAAGGAAUAACUUAUUUGCUUUUCCAUUCAAAUAAAGAAUGAUGAAACUAAGCCAUGCAUCUGUUCAUCAUUAUGUUGAUUAAUUUCUCCAUAUCUCCCCUCACUUAUCCCAAAAUAUGUCAGACCAUCCUUAUCAGUGAAACUAAAUACCCAUGCUAUACAUGGAUACCAAAUCACAGUAUCAACAUUUUGCAUGUAUGAUAAUAAGUCUAAUUGGUUGUCUAUGUAUGUGUUUCUUCAUGUUAUUAGAUAGGUGAGAGCAUACUGCAAUUGUUGUUGUUCUAAAACUGGCUGACAUGGCUUUUCUCUCUUUUCAUAGCUUCUUUAGUCUUCCAUCCGCGUGCUCCUUAACCUCAGGAAGGAAUUUGAAUUAGAAGACUAUGCACCCCAACAAAAGAUCGCAGCCUCCCCGUGAGGUCUACCUUCACAUGUAUUCAUAAGCAGUGGCUUCAAAGCAUGGUUUCUGCAUGAACACAACCCCCCCUGAAAUAAAAUCUCAAAAAUGAAAUUAUUGUAAUAAUAAUCUUAGAUCCUUGACAUUUAAAGGUAUGUACACUUUCCCCUUUGACAAUUGAUCAACACUGUGAAGGUAUUGGAUAUAAAAAUGUAUUUUUUAAUCGUUUGGCUAUGGUUAUCUUGACUUCAGCACUUUAAAUUGUAUUAUUUAAUAUUUAUUAAUAUUUAAUACUAUUGAAAAUAGUGUCUAUAUGACGAGAAUAGCCAACCCAAUUAUAAUGAAUAUUAUUUCUGUUUAAUAGUUUUUUGUAAUUUUGCUUUGGCUAUAGUGUAGGCCUAUCUAAGACGAACAAAUUGUCUAAUUAUUUCAGUGUAAAGAGACAAAAACUCAGGCUGGUGAAGUCGAUUUAAAUGAUUAUGAUUACAGCAGUGCUUGAAAGUAUGUCGUUAGUGGAUUUAUAUUUUUU